UUUCUUUUUUUUUUUCUUUUUAAUUUUUCCUUCUGUUUAUCUGAAGCUAAGGGCCUGAGGUUAUCAGUUUCUGUUCGCACCGAUUCUCUCUCCUGCGUUUCCUCGAAGGUGAAUGACGGGUGCUUCGGAGUUAUUCUACACUCGAAGGUCGAGAGUGAGUCGACCCGAUCCGGAUCCAGGUAUUGGGUCUUCAAACGACCGGAAUUACAAUCGACGCAAUCAUCUCAGUUACCACAAUCACAGGCACGAUUUGGAUGGCUUUGAUAAUAUCCGCCGAUCCCCACACGUGCGUCACUUCAGCUCACCUGCCUCCUCCCUUUCUGAGCGUGCAUCAAUGCAGUUUGAUCAAGGUACCAGCCAGUUUGUAUCAAGCUAUGGUUUAAAUGCAGACAGUGUAAGUAGUUCAAGUGGGCAAAGAUUGCAUUCAAAUGAGAGGCUACCUGGAGCUGUGCUGCUUGCAAGAGCAAGGCUUCUUGAGAGACUAAGAGGCGUGUCUGUUUCUGCAAACAGGCGAAGCAGCAGAGCUCCAUCUAGCCCUUACCACCAAAGGGAGUACUUAUUUGACGGUGAUUUCAGGCUUGCUGAUGCAGGGGAUUGGGGAAGUGAAAUUUCCACAGGGUUGUCAGCUGGGAAUUCCCCUUUUACUGACCUAACCUCUCAAACAGAAAGGUUCCAAUUAUUACAAGAAACUAACAAGAAGCCUCCUGGUCUUACUCAGGAGGCCCUGGACAGUUUGGCGCAGGAGGUUUUCAGCAGCCGAGAAGUGGAUGUUGAAAGAAAGCUGUCAAGGGAAUCAAGGGAUUGCAGUAUAUGUCUGGAGAGCUUCAGGGACGAAGAUUUGCUUACACGGCUGCCCUGUGGGCACAGAUUUCACUUGGCUUGCUUAGAUCCUUGGGUUAGAAGUUGUGGGGACUGCCCUUACUGUAGACGUAGUAUACUAUGAAAGUAGUUUCCGACACAUCAAUAGAAUAGGACUUUUUUUUUUUCUUUCCAUUUUCCCGUGUUUUUACUUGUGCUCUGCCUCUGAUGGAAAUUUUGUGAGUCGACCCAAUUGCAGAUACACUUUGUAAUUUGAACUCCUUUGUAUUUGUGGUAUAUUUGUGAAUAAACCAGCAAAGAGUUUCCUGAUAAUAUCAUAAUUGAAAAAUGUAUAGCGUCUAUUAUCUAUACGAGGUUCUUUGACCAACAUGCUCUACUUCAAAAUUUCGCCUUUAAUUUCCAUCAAUGACUGAAACAAAAUUGUAUUAAGAAGGUCGUAAGCUAUGGUUGUAAUUGGUAUACACUACAAACGAUUCUCAAAUUUUUUUUUCCCCCAAAAUCAUGUUCCUUGAAAUUCCCUAUUCUUUUAUCUAAAUUGGAGGAGAAAGUUUCGAAGUCAUGUCAUUUCAGCUGCAAAAGCAAGGAGGUAACGUGUUUGACAUAAGUUGGUAUCUAUAUCCUUCUGUCAGGUUCACAUCUUAGACACAAU